AUGGAAAGGCAUCUUAUGGGCCAUCCCACUGUCGAUGGAAACUUUGAAGGCUCCUGGAAACCUAACAUGGUCCUCUCUAGCAACGGUAAUGUACUGUGGAUCCCUCCAGCAAUCUACAAAAGUUCCUGUCAAAUCGACGUCCGCUACUUCCCUUUCGAUCAGCAAACUUGUCAAAUGAAACUAGGUAGUUGGACCUACAAUAGCAGAGAGGUCGACCUCCAGUUCUACAGCAAUCGCACCAGCCUAGACCUCUCCAACUACGUCACAAGCGGAGGCUGGGAUAUUGUGGACUGUCCAGCCGACCUGGAUGUGCAGCCCGUACUCAGUGAGGAACGCCAGGAAGGGGAGGUGGAGUUUGGGGGUGAAGUACGCUACGGCACCAUCAGCAACCGGCCCAGAGUCAGGCAGAUGACCUUUCACAUCGUCCUCCGACGCAAACCCCUCUUUUACACCACCAACAUGAUCAUUCCAUGCGUGCUUAUUGCUCUACUGAGUACUUGCGUCUUCUAUCUGCCAACAGACGCAGGCGAAAAGAUCACGCUCUCAAUCAGCAUCCUUGUGACUUUGGUGGUUUUCAUGCUCCUGGUCAGUAAAAUGCUGCCACCUGGGCCCAAAACAAUCCCUCUACUAUCACAAUUUCUGCUUUUCACCUUUGCAAUGAAUUUUCUUACACUUUUUAUCACCGUCGUCAUCAUUGAUCUUAAUCACCGGAACCCGAAGACACAUUCCAUACCAGCCUGGAUGAGAACACUGUUUAUACACCUGAUGCCGCGAUUCCUGGGCCUUAAAAGACCAAAACGGGCGUCAAUUGCCCGUGAAGAAGCUUUCAGUGAACUUGACCGGGUCUUACUGCCGGAAGUGGACGACUAUUCAGAAGAUGAGAACCCCAGCUUCAGCGGACGAUGUGCGGAUGAAAGCAGAUUCACAGAAAACAACCCUCAGUUUGGGCCACGCGUGAAGGACGUGGAACAUACAGGCACCCGCUGUAGCGCCUGUGGGACUCGUGCUUACGCAUUGCCCCCGCAAAUCCAAUCAAGUUCUGACGACGUACGCCGGGAUUCCUGGCUUAAUGGCCAGCAGCAGAGCAUGGCGACUACGCAAAAUGAUGUAAGAUUUGGUGAUUUUAGAACACGAACAUUGGCAUAUGGCGAAUACUAA